AUGGACUACCAGGCUAAGGGUAUGUGCCUCUAUCUACUCAGAGUGUAGAGUGAGCCUCAGUCUUCUUUGGCUACUGUGGACGCCAGAGGUUUACCUAAAGAGGCUAUGGUUGUGAAGAAUGGCUGUUCUGAGGAACGUUGGGAAGGCGUUGGAGGAGAGGAGCUGUGCCAGAAUCUAAGUUGUCUAAACAAGACUUGAUCAUCUGCAUCAUAAAUGAUUGAGUGUGUGUCCCCCUACUCCACAUGUCUCCUACUAGGCUGUGUGUGUGUGCCCCCCUACUCCACAGUGAUCCUGUCACCACAGGUCUCCUACUAGGCUGUGUGUGUGCCCCUACUCCACAGUGAUCCUGUCACCACAGGUCUCCUACUAGGCUGUGUUGUGCCCCUACUCCACAGUGAUCCUGUCACCACAGUCUCCUACUAGGCUUGUGGCCCCCUCCACAGUGAUCCUGUCACCAAGGUCUCCUACUAGGCUGUGUGUGGCCCCUACUCCACGUGAUCCGUCACCACAGGUCUCCUACUAGCUGUGUGUGUGCCCCUACUCCACAGUGAUCCUGUCACACAGGUCUCCUACUAGGCUUGGUUGUGCCCCCUACUCCACAGUGAUCCUGUCACCACAGGUCUCCUACUAGGCUGUGUGUGUGCCCCCCUACUCCACAGUGAUCCUGUCACCACAGGUCUCCUACUAGGCUGUGUUGUGCCCCCUACUCCACAGUGAUCCUGUCACCACAGGUCUCCUACUAGGCUGUGUGUGGCCCCCUACUCCACAGUGAUCCUGUCACACAGGUCUCCUACUAGGGUGUGUGUGCCCCUACUCCACAGUGAUCCUGUCACAAGUCUCUACUAGGCUGUUGUGUGCCCCCUACUCCACAGUGUCUCCACAGGCUUGUGGUGUGUGUGCCCCCCUACUCCACAGUGAUCCUGUCACCACAGGUCUCCUACUAGGCUGUGUGUGUGCCCCCCUACUCCACAGUGAUCCUGUCACCACAGGUCUCCUACUAGGCUGUGUGUGUGCCCCCCUACUCCACAGUGAUCCUGUCACCACAGGUCUCCUACUAGGCUGUGUGUGUGCCCCCUACUCCACAGUGAUCCUGUCACCACAGGUCUCCUACUAGGCUGUGUGUGCGCCCCUACUCCACAGUGAUCCUGUCACCACAGGUCUCCUACUAAGGCUGUGUGGUGUGCCCCCUACUCCACAGUGAUCCUGUCACCACAGGUCUCCUACUAGGCUGUGUGUGUGCCCCCCUACUCCACAGUGAUCCUGUCACCCACAGGUCUCCUACUAGGCUGUGUGUGUGCCCCCCUACUCCACAGUGAUCCUGUCACCACAGGUCUCCUACUAGGCUGUGUGUGCCCCCCUACUCCACAGUGAUCCUGUCACCACAGGUCUCCUACUAGGCUGUGUGCGCGCCCCCUACUCCACAGUGAUCCUGUCACCACAGGUCUCCUACUAGGCUGUGUGUGUGCCCCCUACUCCACAGUGAUCCUGUCACCACAGGUCUCCUACUAGGCUGUGUGUGUGCCCCCCUACUCCACAGUGAUCCUGUCACCACAGGUCUCCUACUAGGCUGUGUGUGCCCCCCUACUCCACAGUGAUCCUGUCACCACAGGUCUCCUACUAGGCUGUGUGUGCCCCCCUACUCCACAGUGAUCCUGUCACCACAGGUCUCCUACUAGGCUGUGUGUGUGCCCCCCUACUCCACAGUGAUCCUGUCACCACAGGUCUCCUACUAGGCUGUGUGUGCGCCCCCCUACUCCACAGUGAUCCUGUCACCACAGGUCUCCUACUAGGCUGUGUGUGCUGCCCCCCCUACUCCACAGUGAUCCUGUCACCACAGGUCUCCUACUAGGCUGUGUGUGUGUGCCCCCCUACUCCACAGUGAUCCUGUCACCACAGGUCUCCUACUAGGCUGGUGUGUUGCCCCCCGACUCCACAGUGAUCUGUCACCACAGGUCCCUACUAGGCUGUGUGUGCGCCCCCCUACUCCACAGUGAUCCUGUCACCACAGGUCUCCUACUAGGCUGUUGUGGGUGCCCCCUACUCCACAGUGAUCCUGUCACCACAGGUCUCCUACUAGGCUGUGUGUGUGCGCCCCCUACUCCACAGUGAUCCUGUCACCACAGGUUCCCUACUAGGCUGUGUGUGCCCCCCUACUCCACAGUGAUCCUGUCACCACAGGUCCUCCUACUAGGCUGUGUGUGUGCCCCCCUACUCCACAGUGAUCCUGUCACCACAGGUCUCCUACUAGGCUGUGUGUGCCCCCCCUACUCCACAGUGAUCCUGUCACCACAGGUCUCCUACUAGGCUGUGUGUGCCCCCCUACUCCACAGUGAUCCUGUCACCACAGGUCUCCUACUAGGCUGUGUGUGUGUGCCCCCCUACUCCACAGUGAUCCUGUCACCACAGGUCUCCUACUAGGCUGUGUGUGUGCCCCCCCUACUCCACAGUGAUCCUGUCACCACAGGUCUCCUACUAGGCUGUGUGUGUGCCCCCCUACUCCACAGUGAUCCUGUCACCACAGGUCUCCUACUAGGCUGGUGUGUGCCCCCCUACUCCACAGUGAUCCUGUCACCACAGGUCUCCUACUAGGCUGUGUGUGCCCCCCUACUCCACAGUGAUCCUGUCACCACAGGUCUCCUACUAGGCUGUGUUGUGGCCCCCUACUCCACAGUGAUCCUGUCACCACAGGUCUCCUAACUAGGCUGUGUGUGCCCCCUACUCCACAGUGAUCCUGUCACCCACAGGUCUCCUACUAGGCUGUGUGUGUGCCCCCCUACUCCACAGUGAUCCUGUCACCACAGGUCUCCUACUAGGCUGUGUGUUGCCCCCUACUCCACAGUGAUCCUGUCACCAACAGGUCUCCUACUAGGCUGUGUGGUGCCCCCCUACUCCACAGUGAUCCUGUCACAACCAGGUCUCCUACCUAGGCUUUGUGUGUGCCCCCUACUCCACAGUGAUCCUGUCCACCACAGGUCUCCUACUAUAGGCUGUUUGUGUGCGCCCCCUCCACAGUGAAUCCUGUCACCAAGGGUCCGCCUACUAUGGCUUGUGUGUGCCCCCCACUACUCCAACAGUGAUCCUGUCACCACAGGUCUCCUACUUAGGCUGUGUGUGCGCCCCCUACUCUCCACAGUGAUCCUGUCACCCACAUGGUCUCCUACUAGGCUGUGUGUGCCCCCCCCUACUCCACAGUGAUCCCUUUCCACCACAGGUCCUCCUACUAGGCUUUGUGUGUGCCCCCCUACUCCACAGUGACAUCCUGUCAACCACAGGUCUCCUACUAGGAAGUGUGCGGGUGUGUGUGCCCUCCUACUCCACAGUGAUCCUGUCACCACAGGGUCUCCUACUAGGGGCUGUUGUGUGCCCCCCUACUUUCUCACAGUGGAUCCCUGUCACCACAGGUCUCCUACUAGGCUGUUUGGUGCCCCCUACUCCACAGUGAUCCUGUCACCACAGGUCUCCUACUAGGCUGUGGGUGCCCCCUACUCCACAGUGAUCCUGUCACCACAGGUCUCCUACUAGGCUUGUGUGCCCCCUACUCCACAGGAUCCUGUCACACAGGUCUCCUCCACUAGGCUGUGUGCCCCCCUACUCCACAGUGAUCCUGUCACCACAGGUCAUCCUACUAGGCUGGUGUGUGUUGCCCCCUACUCCACAGUGAUCCUGUCACCACAGGUUCCCUACUAGGCUGUGUGUGCCCCCCUACUCCACCAGUGAUCCUGUCACCACAGGUCUCCUACUAGGCUGUGGUGUGCCCCCUUCUCCACAGUGAUCCUGUCCACCACAGGUCUCCUAUUAGGCAGUGUGUGGUUGUUGCCCCCUACUCCACAGUGAUCCUGUCACCACAGGUCUCCUACUAGGCUGUGUGUGGUGUGUUGUGCCCCCUACUCCACAGUGAUCCUGUCACCACAGGUCUCCUACUAGGCUGUGUGUGCCCCCCUACUCCACAGUGAUCCUGUCACCACAGGUCUCCUACUAGGCUGUGUGUGUGUGUGUGCCCCCCCUACUCCACAGUGAUCCUGUCACCACAGGUCUCCUACUAGGCUGUGUGCCCCCUACUCCACAGUGAUCCUGUCACCACAGGUCUCCUACUAGGCUGUGUGCCCCCUACUCCACAGUGAUCCUGUCACCACAGGUCUCCUACUAGGCUGUGUGCCCCCUACUCCACAGUGAUCCUGUCACCACAGGUCUCCUACUAGGCUGUGUGUGUGCCCCUACUCCACAGUGAUCCUGUCACCACAGGUCUCCUACUAGGCUGUGUGCCCGCCCCUACUCCACAGUGAUCCUGUCACCACAGGUCUCCUACUAGGCUGUGUGUGUGCCCCUACUCCACAGUGACCCUGUCACCACAGGUCUCCUACUAGGCUGUGUGCGCGCCCCUACUCCACAGUGAUCCUGUCACCACAGGUCUCCUACUAGGCUGUGUGUGGUGUGUGUGUGCCCCCCUACUCCACAGUGAUCCUGUCACCACAGGUCUCCUACUAGGCUGUGUGUGGUGUGUGUGUGUGCCCCCCUACUCCACAGUGAUCCUGUCACCACAGGUCUCCUACUAGGCUGUGUGUGCCCCCCUACUCCACAGUGAUCCUGUCACCACAGGUCUCCUACUAGGCUGUGUGUGUGUGUGCCCCCCUACUCCACAGUGAUCCUGUCACCACAGGUCUCCUACUCGGCUGUGUGUGUGCCCCCCUACUCCACAGUGAUCCUGUCACCACAGGUCUCCUACUAGGCUGUGUGUGUGCCCCCCUACUCCACAGUGAUCCUGUCACCACAGGUCUCCUACUAGGCUGUGUGUGUGCCCCCUACUCCACAGUGAUCCUGUCACCACAGGUCUCCUACUAGGCUGUGUGUGUGCCCCCUACUCCACAGUGAUCCUGUCACCACAGGUCUCCUACUAGGCUGUGUGUGCCCCCCUACUCCACAGUGAUCCUGUCACCACAGGUCUCCUGCUAGGCAGUGUGUGUGCCCCCCUACUCCACAGUGAUCCUGUCACCACAGGUCUCCUACUAGGCUGUGUGUGCCCCCCUACUCCACAGUGAUCCUGUCACCACAGGUCUCCUACUAGGCUGUGUGUGUGCCCCCCUACUCCACAGUGAUCCUGUCACCACAGGUCUCCUACUAGGCUGUGUGUGUUCCCCCCUACUCCACAGUGAUCCUGUCACCACAGGUCUCCUACUAGGCUGUGUGUGCCCCUACUCCACAGUGAUCCUGUCACCACAGGUCUCCUACUAGGCUUUGUGUGUGCCCCCCUACUCCACAGUGAUCCUGUCACCACAGGUCUCCUACUAGGCUGUGUGUGUUUGCCCCCCUACUCCACAGUGAUCCUGUCACCACAGGUCUCCUACUAGGCUGUGUGUGCCCCCUACUCCACAGUGAUCCUGUCACCACAGGUAUCCUACUAGGCUGUGUGUGUGCCCCCCUACUCCACAGUGAUCCUGUCACCACAGGUCUCCUACUAGGCUGUGUGUGUGCCCCCCUACUCCACAGUGAUCCUGUCACCACAGGUCUCCUACUAGGCUGUGUGUGUGCCCCCCCUACUCCACAGUGAUCCUGUCACCACAGGUCUCCUACUAGGCUGUGUGUGUGCCCCCUACUCCACAGUGAUCCUGUCACCACAGGUCUCCUACUAGGCUGUGUGUGUUUGCCCCCCUACUCCACAGUGAUCCUGUCACCACAGGUCUCCUACUAGGCUGUGUGUGUGCCCCCCUACUCCACAGUGAUCCUUUGACCACAGGUCUCCUACUAGGCUGUGUGUGCCCCCUACUCCACAGUGAUCCUGUCACCACAGGUCUCCUACUAGGCUGUGUGUGUGCCCCCCCUACUCCACAGUGAUCCUGUCACCACAGGUCUCCUACUAGGCUGUGUGUGUUUGCCCCCCUACUCCACAGUGAUCCUGUCACCACAGGUCUCCUACUAGGCUGUGGUGUGCCCCCCUACUCCACAGUGAUCCUGUCACCACAGGUCUCCUACUAGGCUGUGUGUGUUUGCCCCCCUACUCCACAGUGAUCCUGUCACCACAGGUCUCCUACUAGGCUGUGUGUGCCCCCUACUCCACAGUGAUCCUGUCACCACAGGUAUCCUACUAGGCUGUGUGUGUGCCCCCCUACUCCACAGUGAUCCUGUCACCACAGGUCUCCUACUAGGCUGUGUGUGUGCCCCCCUACUCCACAGGUCUCCUACUAGGCUGUGUGUGUGCCCCCCUACUCCACAGUGAUCCUGUCACCACAGGUCUCCUACUAGGCUGUGUGUGUGCCCCCCUACUCCACAGUGAUCCUGUCACCACAGGUCUCCUACUAGGCUGUGUGUGUUUUGCCCCCCCUACUCCACAGUGAUCCUGUCACCACAGGUCUCCUACUAGGCUGUGUGUGUGCCCCCCUACUCCACAGUGAUCCUGUGACCACAGGUCUCCUACUAGGCUGUGUGUGCCCCCCUACUCCACAGUGAUCCUGUCACCACAGGUCUCCUACUAGGCUGUGUGUGUGCCCCCCUACUCCACAGUGAUCCUGUCACCACAGGUCUCCUACUAGGCUGUGUGUGUUUGCCCCCCUACUCCACAGUGAUCCUGUCACCACAGGUCUCCUACUAGGCUGUGUUCGCGCCCCUACUCCACAGUGAUCCUGUCACCACAGGUCUCCUACUAGGCUGUGUGUGCCCCCCUACUCCACAGUGAUCCUGUCACCACAGGUCUCCUACUAGGCUGUGUGUGCGCCCCCCUACUCCACAGUGAUCCUGUCACCACAGGUCUCCUACUAGGCUGUGUGUGCCCCCUACUCCACAGUGAUCCUGUCACCACAGGUCUCCUACUAGGCUGUGUGUGUGCCCCCUACUCCACAGUGAUCCUGUCACCACAGGUCUCCUACUAGGCUGUGUGUGUGCCCCCCUACUCCACAGUGAUCCUGUCACCACAGGUCUCCUACUAGGCUGUGUGUGUGCCCCUACUCCACAGUGAUCCUGUCACCACAGGUCUCCUACUAGGCUGUGUGUGCCCCCUACUCCACAGUGAUCCUGUCACCACAGGUCUCCUACUAGGCUGUGUGUGUGCCCCCCUACUCCACAGUGAUCCUGUCACCACAGGUCUCCUACUAGGCUGUGUGUGUGCCCCCCUACUCCACAGUGAUCCUGUCACCACAGGUCUCCUACUAGGCUGUGUGUGUGCCCUCCUACUCCACAGUGAUCCUGUCACCACAGGUCUCCUACUAGGCUGUGUGUGGUGUGUGUGUGUGCGCCCCUACUCCACAGUGAUCCUGUCACCACAGGUCUCCUACUAGGCAGCAGCGGGACACAGACUGUGUUUUAUAUACUGGAUUGUACAGAUAUCUGAUCUUUCUAGCCUCCAGCCCAGCCCAGCGGGGAUGUCAGUGUUGUGUGUUCACUCCUCACCAGAGAUCAGCUGAACAAAUGACACUAGGCUUACAUGUCCUGCCUUCAGAUACAUGCAGCACCUCUCCUCCCCACUCACUAGGUUGUGUAAUCUCUGGUUUGAGAACAUUUUAGCAUCCAAUUCAUAAGACCUCUGUGUCUAACUAACUGAAGUCCCCUCUAUCUAAAACUGUGGGGAAGAAAAGUAAUGUUGUCCUUGUCUCUCCAUCCCACUCCCUUUAUCAGUGUGUCUCAAACGGUGUGGAGGAGGAAUAUCACGUUGUCCUCUGAGUGGCCUGAAGACACUGCAGUACUGUAGUGGACGGACACUCCCCUUAACAUACUCUAACUCUCCCUGCAGUCAUUUAUCAGACACUGGGCUCUCUGAAACAGACGCCUGCCAGCAGAAAUCUCCUAAUCAGGAGAGAACUGCUUCUCAGCUAAAACAGUCUUUUUUAGUUUAGAAUCAAGUUACAUUUGAUCACACGCUUGGUAAAUGUAAUGAUGUCAUGUCAUAGUAUCGUGGGGACGAGGUUAGAGUUACGAGAUAAUUGUCUUGGUUCCACGGAGUCUACGUUCCGUUAUGUCAAAGGAGAUUACUGAUGUUUAGGAUAGCAUGAUGGAUGGACGGGAUACUGACGUGGGGUAACGAGGAAUAACAUCAGAAUGGGAGUGCCCAUUGACGAUGGCCAGAUGGGGUUGAAGAAAUGUGUAACCAAGAGUAUAAAAGAUGUGAGAUUUGUGUGUGUGUGUGUGGGCAGUUCAACUGACAAUGGGGCAAGGCUAUGUCCGUUUGUUAGAUGAACCCACGAGCUCGUGAUCAAAUAAAUACUUGGUAUAAAAUCUCCACAGAAUGUCUAAGUAAAUUCUUGCAUCCUCACUUCUCAAUACUAGAAACUCAUCAUAACAGUAAACAACAGGGGCUUCCUGACGGGCCGUUCCCAACCACGGAGAGAACAGGAGAAAUAAUAGAAAGAUAAUUACAUGAGGAAUAAAUACACAAUGAGUGACUAGUACAGAAUGCACCAAUUAGGUAGUACAGGGUCAAUGUUCUGUAGUCCCAUAUCUCAUUUAGUGUUCUGUAGUCCCAUAUCUCAUUUAGUGUUCUGUAGUCCCAUAUCUCAUUUAGUGUUCUGUAGUCCCAUAUCUCAUUUAGUGUUCUGUAGUUCCAUAUCUCAUAGUGUUCUGUAGUUCCAUAUCUCAAUGUUCUGUAGUCCCAUAUCUCAUCUAGUGUUCUGUAGUUCCAUAGUGUUCUGUAGUUCCAUAUCUCAUAUAGUGUUCUGUAGUUUCAUAUCUCAUAUAGUGUUCUGUUAGUUUCAUAUCUCAUAUAGUGUUCUGUAGUUUCAUAUCUCAUAUAGUGUUCUGUAGUUUCAUAUCUCAUAUAGUGUUCUGUAGUUCCAUAUCUCAAUGUUCUGUAGUCCCAUAUCUCAUCUAGUGUUCUGUAGUUCCAUAUCUCAUAGUGUUCUGUAGUUCCAUAGUGUUCUGUAGUUCCAUAGUGUUCUGUAGUCCCCCCUAAAUCUCAUAUAGUUUCUGUAGUCCCAUAUCUCAUAUAGUUUCGUAGUCCAUCUCAUUAGUGUUCUGUAGUUCCAUAUUCAUAGUGUUCUGUACGUACACUAUAAUAUAGUGUACUGUAGUGCAUAUCUAAUUGAUAGGUGUACUGUAGUUUUAAUAUUCAUAUAGUGUUCUGUAGUUUAAUCUCUUAGUGUUAGUAGGUUCAUUCUUUAGUGUUCUGUAGUUCCAAUCUCAUAUAUAGUGUUCUGUAUAGUUCCUAUCUCAUAGUGUUCUUGUAGUUCAUAUCUCCUAUAGUGUUCUUGUUAGUUUCAUAUCUCAUAUUUAGUGUUCUUAGUUUCCUAUCUCUUAGUGUUCUGUGUUUCAUAUUCUCAUUUAGUGUUCUGUAGUUUCAUAUCUCAUUAUAGUGUCUGUUAGGCCCAUAUCUCAUAUCGUGCCUCUGUAGUCCAUAAUCUCAUAUAGUGUUCAUGUAGUUCCAUAUCUCAUAGUGUUCUGUAGGUUUUCCAUAUUCAUAUAGUUUCUUUAGUUCCAAUUCAUUAGUGUCUGCUAGUUCCAUAUCUCCAUAUAGUGGUAUGUAGUUCCAUAUCUCAUAUAGUGUUCUGUAGUUCCAUAGUGUUUUCUGUAGUUCCCAAUAUCAACAAAUCAUAUAGUGUCUGUAGUUCCAUAUCUCAUCUAGUGUUCCUGUAGUUCCAUAUCUCAUAGUGUUCUGUAGUUCCAUAUCUCAUAUAGUGUUCUGUAGUUCCAUAUCUCAUAUAGUGUUCUGUAGUUCCAUAUCUCAUAGUGUUCUGUAGUUCCAUAUCUCAUAGUGUUCUGUAGUCCCAUAUCUCAUAGUGUUCUGUAGUUCCAUAUCUCAUAGUGUUCUGUAGUUCCACAUCUCAUAGUGUUCUGUAGUUCCAUAUCUCAUAUAGUGUUCUGUAGUUCCAUAUCUCAUAGUGUUCUGCAGUUCCAUAUCUCAUAGUGUUCUGUAGUUCCAUUAUCUAUAUAGUGUUCUGUAGUUCCAUAUCUAAUAGUGUUCUGUAGUUUCCAUAUCUCAUAGUGUUCUGUAGUUCCAUAUCUCAUAGUGUUCUGUAGUUCCCACCGCUCAUAGUUGGUCUGUAGUUCCAUAUCUCAUAUAGUGUUAUGAGUUCCAUAUCUCAUAGUGUCUGACGGUCCAUAUCUCAUAGGUUCUGUAGUUCCAUAUCUCAAUGUUCUGUAGUGCAAGUGUUCUGAGUUCCAUAUCUCAUAGUGUCUGUAGUCCCAUAUCUAAUAUAGUGUUCUGUAGUUCCAUAUCUCAUAUAGUGUUCUGUAGUUACUAUCUUCAUAUAGUGUUCUGUAGUUCCAUAUCUCAUAGAGUGUUCGUUAGUUCCAUCUCAGUUAGGGUUCUGUAGUUCCAAUCAAUAGUGGUCUGUAGUUCCAUAUCUCAUUAGUGGUUGAGUUCAUAUCUCAUAUAGUGUUCUGUAGUUUCAUAUCUCUUAGUGGUUCUGUAGUUCAUAUAUCAUUAGUGUUCUGUAUUUCAUAUUUUAUAGUGUUAUGUCGUUCCAAUCUCAUAUCGGUUCUGUAGUUCCAUAGUGUUCUGUAGUGCCAUAUCUCAUCUAGUGUUCUGUGUAGAUUCAAUAUAUCAUAUAGUGUUUAGUUCCAUAUUCAUAGAGUGUUCUGUAGUUCCAUAUCUUCAUAUAGUGUUUCUGUAGUUCCAUCAUUCUCAUAGUGUUCUGUAGUUCCAUAUAUAUCAUAGUGUUAUGUAGUACAUAUUCAUAGUUGUGCUCGUAGUUAAUAUCUCAUAGGGUUCUGUAGUUCAAAUUCUAUAGUGUAUGUAGUUCACAAUCUAUAUUUGUUCUGUGUAGUUUCCAUAUCUCAUAGUGUUUCUGCAGUUCCAUAUCUUCAUAUAGUGUUCUGUAGUUCCAUAUAUCAUUAAGUGUUUCUGUGUUCCAUAUCUAUAGUGUUAUGUAGUUCCAUAUCUCAUAGUGUUUCUGUAGUUCUAUCUCAUAAGUGUUCUGUAAGUUCCAAAUCUAUAGUGUCUGUCGUUCCAUAUCUCAUUAUCGUGAGUCUGUAGUUCAAUAUCUCAUAGUGUCUGCCGUUCCAGUAUCUCAUAGUGUCUGUAGUUCAUAUUAAAAGUUCUGUAGUGCCAUCGUGUUCUUGUAGUUCCAUUAACUCAUAGUGUUCUGUAGUUCCAUAUCGCAUAUAGUGUCUGUUAGUUAAUAAUCAUAUAGGGUUAUGUUAGUCCAUAUCUAAAUAGUGUUCUGUAGUCCCAUAGUGUUCUGUAGUUCCAUAUCUCAUCUAGGUUCUGUAGUUUCCAUAUCUCAUAUAGUGUUCUGUAGUUCCAGAUCUAUAGAGUGUCUGUAGUUCCAUAUAUCAUGAUAGUGUUCUGUAGUUACAUCUCAUAGUGUUCUGUAGUUACCAUAUGAUAAUAGUGUUGCGUUAGUACCAUAUCUCAUAGUGUUAUGUAGUUUCCAUAUCUCAUAGUGUUCUGUAGUUUCAAUCUAAUAUAGUGUUCUGUAGUUCCAUAUCUCGUGAUGAGUGUUUCUGUAGUUUCCUAUAUCAUAGGGUUCUGCAGUUCCAUAUCUCAUAUAGUGUUCUGUAGUCAAUAUCUCUACAGGUUCGUAGUUCCAUAUCUCAUUAGUGUUCUGUAGUUCCAUAUCUCAUAGUGUUCUGUAGUUCCAUAUCUCAUAGUGUUCUGUAGUUCCACAUCUCAUAGUGUUCUGUAGUUCCAUAUCUCAUAUAGUGUUCUGUAGUUCCAUAUCUCAUAGUGUUCUGCAGUUCCCAUAUCUCAUAGUGUUCUGUAGUUCCAUAUCUCAAUGUUCUGUAGUUCCAUAGUGUUCUGUAGUUCCAUAUCUCAUAGUGUUCUGUAGUCCCAUAUCUCAUAUAGUGUUCUGUAGUUCCAUAUCUCAUAUAGUGUUCUGUAGUUCCAUAUCUCAUAUAGUGUUCUGUAGUUCCAUAUCUCAUAUAGUGUUCUGUAGUUCCAUAUCUCAUAGUGUUCUGCAGUUCCAUAUCUCAUAGUGUUCUGUAGUUCCAUAUCUCAUAUAGUGUUCUGUAGUUCCAUAUCUCAUAUAGUGUUCUGUAGUUCCAUAUCUCAUAGUGUUCUGUAGUUCCAUAGUGUUCUGUAGCUCCAUAUCUCAUUUAGUGUUCUGUAGUUUCAUAUCUCAUAUAGUGUUCUGUAGUCCCAUAUCCCAUAUAGUGCUCUGUAGUUCCAUAUCUAUCUAGUGUUAUGUUAUUCCACAUAUCGCAUAGUUGUUCUGUAGUGUCAUAUCUUCUUAUUUAGGGUUCUGUAGUCCAUAUCUCAUUUAGUGUUCUGUCGUCCAUAUCUCAUCUAGUGUUCUGUAUUCCAUAUCUAUAGUGUUCGUAGUUCCAUAGUGUUACUGUAGUAGUUCUAUACUCAUAUGUGUUCUGUAGUCCCAUAUAUCAUAGGGUUCUGUAGUUCCAUAUCUCAUAUAGUGUCUGUAGGUCCAAUCUCAUCUUAGGUCUGUAUUUCCAUAUCGCCUAGUGUUCUGUAGAUUCCAUAUCUUGUGUUCUGUAGUUAGUUCCAUAUCUCAUAUAGUGUUCUGUAGUCCAUAUCUCUAUAGGUUCGGUUAGUUUCAUAUCAAUAAUCAAAAUGUGCCAUUUAGCAGACGCUCUUUAUCCAAAGCGACUUACAGUUCAUGCGUGACUGAUACAUUUUUAUUUAUGGUAGAAGUACGGAUCGAACCCAUACCUUGGCGUUACAAGCGCCGUGCUCUACAAGUUAGCUACAGAGGACCCACAUCAUAGUGUUCUGUGUUCAUAUCUAUAGUGUUCUGUCAUUUCAUAUCUAUGUGAGUGUCCUGCAGUUCCAUAUCUCAUAGUGUUCGUAGUCCAUAGUGUUUGUCUGUAGUCACCAUAUAAUAUAGUGUUCUGUAGAGUCUCCAUAGUGUUCUGAGUUCCAUAUCCUCUAUAGUGUGCUGUCUGUAGUUCAUAUCAUCAUAUAGUGUUCUGUAGUCCCAUAUCUCAUCUAGUGUUAUGUAUUUCAAUAUCGCAUAGUGUUCUGUAGUCCAUAUCUCAUAUAGUGUUAUGUAGUUCCAUAGUGUAUGUAGUCCAUAUUCAUAUAGUGUUCUGUGUCCCAUAUCUCAUAUAGGUUUGUAGUCCAUAUAUCAUAUAGUGUUCGGUAGUUCCAUAUCUCAUAUGUGUUCUGUAGUUCCAUUCAUAUCUAAUAUAGUGUUCUGUAGUUCCAAUCUCAUUAUAGUGUUCUGUAGUUCAUAUUUCUGUAGUCCAAUAUCUCUAUAGUGUUAUGUAGUUCCAUAGGUUCUGUAGUCCAGAUCUCAUAUAGUGUUCGUAGUUCCAUUCGCUCAUAGUGUCUGUAGUCCCAUCUCUAUCUAGUGUUUGUAUUUACAUAUCGCAUAGUGUUCUGUGUUCCAUAUCUCAUAUAGUGUUCUGUUAGAUCAAUAUCUCAUCUAGGGUUCGUAUUUCCAUACGAUAGUGUUCUGUUAGUUCCCAUAUCUCAUAUAGUGUUCUGUAUUCCAUAUAGCAUAGUGUUCUGUAGUUCCAUAUCUCAUUAUAGUGUUCUGUAGUUCCAUAUCUCAUAUAGUGUUCUGUAGUCCAUAUCUCUAGUGUAUGUAGUUCCAUAUCGCAUAGGUUCUUAGUUACAUAUCUCAGAGGGUUCUGUAGUACCAUAUCUAAUACGUGUUCUGUAGUUCCAAUCUCAUAGUGUUAUGUAGUCCCAUAUCUAUAGUAGCUGUUUGUAUUCCAAUCUACUCAGUGUGCUGUAGCGUCCAUAGUGUUCUGUAGUUCAAUAGUGUUCUGUAGUUCUAUAUCUCAUAUAGUGUCUGUAGUUCACAUCUCAAUAUAGUGUCUGUGUUCAAUAUCUCAUAUAGUGUUCUGUAGUUAAUUCUCAUAGUGUUAUGCAGUUUCCAUAUCUCAUAUACGUGUUUUGUAGUUCCAUAUCUAUAGUAGUGUUAUGCCUAGUUCCAUAUAUCAUAGUGUUCUGUUGGUCCAUAUCUCAUAGGGUUUGUAGGUAUCCAUAUCUCAUAGUGUUAUGUAGUUCCACAUACUCAUCGUGUUCGUAGGUAUUCAUAUCUCAUAUAGUGUUCUGUAGUCCAUAUCUCUAGUGUUUCUGGCAGUUCCAUAUCUCAUAGGUUAUGUAGUUACAUAGUGUUUUAAAUUUUUACAUUUUAGUCAUUUAGCAGACGCUCUUAUCCAGAGGGACUUUACAGGAGAGCAAUUAGGGGUUAAUGCCCUUUCUUCUUAAGGCACAUCGACAGAUUGUCACCUAGUAGGGCUCGGGGAUUUUAGACAAGCGAACCGUUCGGGUACUGGCCCACAAAUGCUAUUACCCAACUAAAACUUCCGCCCCUAUUGUAGUCCCAUUACUCAUAGUGGUCUAGUUCCAUAUAUCAUAGUGUUUGCCAGUUCCAUUCUCAUAGGUAUGUAGUUCCAUAGGGUCUGUUAUUCAUAUCUCAUGUGUUCUGUAGUUCCAUAUCUCAUAUAGUGUUAUGUAGUUUAUAUCUAAUAUAGGGUUCUGUAGUUUCAUAUCUCAUAUAGUGUUCUGUUAGUUCCAUAUCAAUAUAGAGUUCUGUAGUUUCAAAUAGCAUAAGUGUCUGCGCUUCCAUAUCUUCAAUAGUGUUCUGUAGUUCCAUUAAUAUCAGUGUUCUGUAGUAUCCAUCUCUCAUAGUUUUCUGUAGUUCAUAUCUCAGUGUUCUGUAGUUCAAUAUCUCAUAGUGUUCUGUAGUCCACAUUCAUAGUGUUCUGUAGUUCCACUCAUAUAGUGUUCGCGUAGUUCCAUAUCUCUAGUGGGUCUGACAGUUCCAUAUCGCAUUAGUGUUCUGUAGUUCCAUAUCUCAUGUAAUGUAGUUCAAUUGUUUCUGGUAGUUCCAUAUUCAUAGUGUUCUGUAGUCCCAUAUCUAUAUAGUUGUUCUGUAGUUCCAUAUUCAUAUAGUGUCUGUAGUUCCAUAUCUCAUCGAGUGUUUGUUGUUCCAUUACUCUCAUAAGGAGUUCGUAUUCAUAUCUCAUAGUGUUAUGCAGUUCCAUGAUCUAAUGUGUUCUGUAGUUCCAUAGGUGUUUUACAUUACAUUUUAGUAAUUUAGCAGACGCUCUAUUCCCAGAGCGACUUAACGGAAGCCAAUAGGUAAGUUGCCUUUCUAAGGGCACAUAGACAGAUUUUUCACUAGUCGGCUCGGGGGGAUUAGCAGGGGGAUUAGAACACAAGCGAACCUUUUGUUAAUGGAAACAAUGAUCUACCCACUAAACUUCCCCCUUCUGUAGUCCCAUAUCUCAUAGGGUUCUGAUAGUUCCAUAUCUCAUAGUGUUCUGCAGGUCCAUACUCUAGUGGUUCUGUAGUUCAUAGUGUUCUGUAGUUCCAUUAAUAUCAUGUGUUAUGUAGUUCCAUAUAUUAAUAGUGUUCUGUAGUUUAAUAUCUAAGAUAGUGUUCUGUAGUUUCAUACUAUCAUAUAGUUUUUUGUAGUGUCAAAUCUCAUAUAGAGUUAUGUAGUUCCCAUUAUAUAGUGUUUCUGCAGUUCCAUAUCGCAUAGGGUUUGUAGUUUCCCAUAUUCUUAAUUAUAUUUCUGUAGUUCCAUUCUCAUAGUGUUCUGAGUUACAAUUCUACUCUCAUAGUGUUAUGUAAGUUGCCAAUCUCAUGUUCUGUAGUUCAAUUAGUGUUCGGUAGUACCAUAUUCUCAUAGGUUCGUAGUCAUAUCUCAUAUAGUGUCUGUAGGUCAAUAUAUCUAUAGUGUUCGUAGUCCAUAUCUCAGAUAGUGUUCUGUAGUUCCAAUCUAUAGAUAGAGUUCUGCUAGUUCCAUAUUCUCAUAGGUUCUGCAGUUUAAAUAUCUCAUAGUGUUCUGUAGUUCACAUAGUGUUUUACAUUUUACCAUUUUAGUCAUUUAGCGACGCUCUUACCAGAUGCGACUUACAGGGCCAAUUAGGGUUUAGUGCAUUUCUCUUAAGGGCACAUCGACAGAUUUUUUCACCUAGUCGGCUCCGGGGAUAGAAACCAGCGACCCUUUCGGUUACUGGCGGCACAAUGCUCUUACCCACUAAAACUUCGCCCUCUGUAGUCCUAUCUAAUAGGUUCUGUAGUUCCAUAUAUCAUAGUGUUCUCGAAAGUUCCAUAUCUUCAUUAGUUUCUGUAGUUCACAUCGUGUUCUGUAGUUCCAUAUUCUAUAGUGUUCUGAGUUCCAUAUCUCACUUAUACGUGUUCUGGAGUUCAUAUCUCAACGUGUUCGGUUAGUUUAUUCUUCUUAGUGUUAUGUAGUUCAUAUCUAUUUAGUGUUCUGUAGUUUCAUAUCUCAUAUGUGUUCUGUAGUCCCAUAAUCGCAUAUAGUGUCUUGUAGUCCAUUAUCUCAUAUAGUGGUUAUGUAGUUCAAUAUCUCAUAGGUUCUGUAAGUUCCAUAUCUCAAUAUAGUGUUCUGUAGGUCCAUAUCUCAUAUAGGUUCUGUGGCCAAUCUCAUAUAGUGUUCUGUUAGUUCAGCCAUAUUCAAGUGUUCUGCAGUCCAUAUCUAUAGGUUUACGUAGUUCCAUAGUGUUCUGUCAGAAUUAAUAUUCAUAGUGUCUUAGUUCCAUAUAUUCAUUAUAGUGUUCGUAGCUUUAUAUACAUAAGUGCUUAUGUAGUUUUCAUAUAUCUAGUGUCGUAGUUUCAUAUCUCAUUUAGUUGUUCUGUGUUUCAUAUCUCAAUUCGUGUUUCUGUAAGUCCUCAUAUCUCAUAUAGUGCUCUGAGAGUGCCAUAUCUCAUAGAGUGUUCUGUAGUUCCAUUAUAUCCUAGUGUUCUGUAGUUUCCAUAUCUCAUAUAGUGUUCGGUAUUUCAUAUAUCAUUAUUUUUUAGUGUUCUGUAGUUCCAAUCUCAUAUAGUGUUCUGUAGUUCCAUAUCUCAUAUAGUGUUCUGUGUUCACAUAUAUGUUCUUGUAGUUCCAUAUCUCAUAUAGUGUUAUGUAUCCUAUCUAUCUAGUGUUUGUAGUUCCAUAUCUCAUAUAGUGUUUGUAGUUCCAUAUAUAAUAGGGUUCUGUAUAGUUACAUAUAUUCAUAUAGUGUCUCUGUAGUUACAUAUAUAUAUAGUGUUCUGUAGUUCAUAUCUCAUAUAGUGUUCUGUUUAGUUUUCCAUAGUGUUUUCUGUAGGUCCAUAUAUCAUAGUGUUCUGUAGUCCCAUAUCUCAUCUAGUGUUCUGUUAGUCAAUAUCGAUAGUGUUCGUAGUUCAAUAUCGCUAUUAGUGUCUGUAGAUACAUAUUCUCAUCUAGUGUUCUGAUUUCCAUAUAAAUAGUGUUCGGUUAGUUCACAUAUCUCAUAUAGUGUUAUGUAUUUCAAUAUCGCCAUAGUGUUUGUCCGCUUCCAUAUCUCAUAAGUUCUGUAGUUCCAUAUCUAAUAUAGUGUUCUGUAUAGUUCCCUAUCAUCAUAGGGUUUCUGGCUAGUUACAUAUCUUCAUAGGUUCUGUAUAUUUCCAUUUAUCAUAUCGUGUUAUGUAGUUUCAUAUCUCAUAUAGUUCUGUAGUUUCAUAUCUCUUAGGUGUUCGUAUUUCAUAUUCAUUUAGUGUUCUGUAGUUUCAUAUUCUAAUUAGUGUUCUGUAGUACAAUAUUCUCAUACUAGUGCUCCCUGUAGGUUCUCAUAUUCAAUAGUGUUCUUGUAGUUCCAUUAUCUCAUGUGUUACUGUAGUUCCAUAUCUCUAUAGUGUUCGUAGUUACAUAUCUCAUAUAGUGUUCUGGUUCCAUAUCUCACCUAUAGUGUUAUGUAGUCCAUAUCUCAUAGUGUCUCGCCUUCAGUUCAUAUCUCAUAGGGUUGUAUGUAGUUCCAUAGUGUCUGUAGUUCAAUAUCUCAUAGUGUUCUGUAGUGCAAUAUCUCAUAUAGUGUUCUUAGUUUAAUAUCUAAUAUAGUGUUCUGUAGUUUCAGAUUCUAGUGUUCUUAGUUUCCAUAUCUCAUUGUAGUGUUUCUGUAGUUUCAUAAUCCAUAUAGUGUUCUGUAGUGCCCACAUAUCUAAUAUAGUGCUCUGUAGUUUCCAUAUCUCAUAUAGUGUUCUGUAGUUUUAGUUCCAUAUCUCAACGUGUUCGGUAGUUCCAUUAGCUCAUAUAGUGUUCUGUAGUUCAAUAUCUAUAGUGUUCUGUAGUUCACAUCUCAUAUACGUGUUUCUGUAGUUCCAUAUACUCAUUACUGUGUUCUGUAGUUCCAUAGUGUUCGUAGUUCAAUAUAUUUUUUUCCCCCCCAUAUAGUGUUCUUGUAGUUCCUAUAUCUCAUCUAGUGUUCUGGAGUUCCAUAUCUCAUUAUAGUGUUCUGUUCGUCCUAUCUCCAAAACCGCUGUUCUGUAGUUCAUAUCUCAUAGUGUCAGGUUGUUUUAGUUCACAUUUAAUUUUAUAGUGUUCUGUAAGUUCCAGAUCUCAUAUAGGUCUGUAGUUCCAUAGGUUCUGUAGUUCAUAUCUCAUAUAUGUUCUGUAGUCCAUAUCUCAUUUAGUUGUCUCUGUAUUUACAUAUCGCAUAGUUUUCUGUAAAUUCCAUUAUCUAAAUAGUGUUCUGUAGUUUAUAUUCAGAUCUCAUCCUAGUGUUCUGUCAUUUGCCAUAUAGGAUGUGUCUGUUAGUUCCAAUUAUCUCAUAUAGUGUUUCUGUAUUUCCAAGCGCAUAGCAUAGUGUUCUGUAGUUCCAUAUCUAAGUUAUAGUGUUCUGUAGUUCCAUAUCUCAUAUAGUGUUCUGUAGUUCCAUAUCUCAUAGUGUUCUGUCAGUUCCAUAAUCUCAUGUGUCUGUAGUUCAAUAUCUCAUAGUGUUCUGUAGUCCCAUAUCUAUAGUGUUCUGUAGUUCCAUAUUCUCAAGUUCUGUAUGAGUCCCAUAUUCAUAUAGUGUUACUGAGUUCCAUAUCUCAGUUGUUCUGUUAGUUCCAUAUGUUCUGUAGUCAUAGUGUUCUGUAGUUCUAUAUCUACAUAUAGUGUUCUGUAGUCCAAAUCUAAUUAUAGUGUUCUGUAGUUCCAUAUAUCAGUGUUUGCGUGUUCCAUUAGAGGUUUCUUGUAGUUCCAUAGGUUCGGUAGGUCUAUUUUGUUUUUCUUCUCAUAUCGUGUUCUGUAGUACGUUACAAUCUAUUAUAUGUUUCUGUUGUAGUUCCAAUAUGUUUUAUAUUGAGAGGGAGGGGACGGCCCCCCGCUGUAGAGCACCCCCCUUUUUUUUUCUUACUUCCAAGGGCCCCCAGAGCGUAACCGCAGACCACUUUCCCUGCUUCUUUUCAUCAUUUGGUGUAACAGGGAGGUGCGGAAACGCUGUCAUGAGUUCUUUCACAGACCAGCUACCCACCUCCCUGCCUUUGCUCCCUAUCAAAUGUCUCAUUUGGUCUCGAAUUGUUUUUUUAUGUUUUUGUUGGCCCUAUUUUUCAUUUUUUUCUUUCCCCCCCCCCCUAUUGCUUAAUAUCUAUAGUGUUCUGCAGUCCUAUUCAUAUAGUGUUCUCGUAGUUCCAUAUCUCAGGUUCUGUAGGGUCCAUAGUGUUCUGUAGGCUACAUAGUGUUCUGUAGUUCUAUACUCAUAUGUGUUAUGUAGUUCCAAAUCUCUCUUCCCCUCUUUCAUAUAGUGUUUGUAGUUCCAUAUCUUCCGUGUUCUGUAGGUUUUCAUUAGUGUUCUGUAGUCCAUAGCCUCGCUUCUGUAGUCUAUAUCUCAAUACUGUCUUCUGUGUUCCACAUCUCAUAUAGGUUCAUGUUCGUCCACCAUAUCCCUCAUACCUAGUUGUUCUGUAGUCCAUCUUUUGAUAUCAUAGUGUUCUGCAGUUCCAUACUCCCCUAUAGUGUUCUGUAGUUCCCAUAUCUCAUAUCCCCAGUGUUCUGUAGUUCUAUCUCAUAGUGUCUCUGUAGUUCCAGAUCUAUAGUGUUGUAGUUCCAUAUCUAUAGUGUUCUGUAGUUCAAAUCUCAGAGUGUUCUGUUCGUCCAUAUCUCAUAUGUGUUCUGUAGCUAGGUCCAUAUCUCAUAGUGUUCUGCAGAUUCCCACUAUAUAUAGUGUUCUGUAGUUCCAUAUAUCUCAAUGUUCUGUAGUUCCAUAGUGUUCUGUAGUCCCUAUCUCAUAGUGUUAUGUAUCCAUAUCUCCAUAUAGGGGUUAUGUAGUUUCCAUAUCUCAUAUAGGUGUUCUGUAGUUCCAUAUCUAAUAUAGUGUUCUGUAGUUCCAGAGUCAUAUAGAGUUCUGUAGUUCCCUAUCUCAUAGUGUUCUGCAGUUCCAAUCUAAUAGUGUUAUGUAGUUCAAAAGUGUUUUGUUUUACAUUUUACAUUUACGUCAUUUAGCAGACGCUCGUAUCCAGAGCGACUUAAAAGGAGCAAUUAGGUUAAGUGCCUUUUCUUAAGGGCACAUCGAAACAGAAUUUUUCACCUAGUCGUGGCUAGGGGAUUUUAGAACCAGCGACCUCCUUCGGUUACUGGCAAAAUGAUUCUUAACCCACAAAAUCAGACUCUGUAGUCACAUAUUCAGUGUUCUGUAGUUCAAUAUUCAUAGUGUUAUGCAGUUCCAUAUCUCAUGUGUCUGUACGAUAGUUCCAUAGUGUUCUGUAGUUCUAUCUCAUGUGUCUGUAGUUCCAUAUCUCAUAUUAGUGUUCUGUGUUCAUAUCUUCACACAAGGUUCUGUAGUUCAUAUCUAAUAUAGUGUUCUGUAGUUCCAUAUAUCAGAUAGCGAGUUUGUAGUCCAUAUCUCAUUAGGUUCUGCAGUCCAUAUCUCAUAUAGUGUUCUGUAGUUCCAUUUCAUAUAGUGUUCUGGUAUUCCAUAUAUAUAAGUGUCUGUAGGUUCCAUAUCUCAUAGGUUCUGUAGUUCCAUAUCUCAUAGUGUUCGGUAGUUCCACAUAUCCUAGUGGCUGUAGUUCCAUAUCUCAUAAGUGUUCUGUAGUUCAGAUUCAUAGUGUUUAUGCAGUUCAUAUCUCAUAGUGUCUGUAGUUCCAUAUCUCACUGUUCUGUAGUUUCCAUUAGGGUCUGUAGUUACCAUAUCUUCAUAUAGUGUUCUGUCGUUCCCAUAUUCUCAAUAGUGUUCUUGUAGGCAUUAUAUCAUAGUGGUUCUGCUAGUUCAAUAGCUUAUAGGUUUGUAGUUCAUAUAUCAUAGUGUUCUGUAGUUCCACAUCUCAUGUGUUCUGUAGUUCCAAUCUCAUAUAGUUUUCUGUAGUUCCCAUAUCUCAUUAGUUUCUGCGUUCCAUAUCUCAUAGUGUUUCGUGUAGUUCCAUACUCAAGUUCUGAGUUCAUAGGGUGCGGUAGUUCCAUAUCUCUAGUGUUCUGUAGUACCCUAUAUCAUAUAGUGUUCUGUAGUUACAUAUCUCAUAUAGUGUUCGUAGUUCCAGAUUUCAUAUAGUGUUCUGUAGUUCCAUAUCUCAUAUAGAGUCGUUCGUAGUUCCUAUUCUCAUAGUGUGCUGCAGUUCAUAUAUCCAUAGUUGUUCUGUAGUUCAUGUGUUUACAUUUUUACAUUUAGUCAUUAGCAGACGCUUCUUAUCCAGGCACUACAGGAGCAUUAGGGUUAAGUGGCCUUUCUUAAGGGAAAUCGACAGAUUUUUCACCUAGUAGAUCGGGGAAGAACCAGCGACCUUUCGGGUAAUGGCACAAUGUUUAACCACUAAAAUUCCGCCCUUCCUGUUAGUCCAUAUCUAAUAGUGUUGGUAGUUCCAUAUCUCUAGGUUCUGGACAGUUCAUAUAAAUAGUGUCUGUAGUUCCAUAGUGUAUGUAAGUUCCAUAUCUCAUUACGUGUUCGUGUAGUUUCCAUAUUCAUAUAGUGUUUGUAGUUUUUCAUAUAUUAUAUAGCGUUCUGUAGUUUAAUAUAUCAUGAAGUGUUCUGUAGUUACAGAUCUGUAUAUAGAGUUCGUGUAGGUUCCAUAUCUCAUAGUGUUCUUGCAGUUCACAUAUCUACCAUAGUGUUCUGUAGUCCAUAUCUAAUAUAGUGUCUGUAGUUCCAUAUCUCAUAGUGUUUGCAGUUGCCAUAUCUCAUAGUGUUUCUUGAGUUACGAUAUAAUGCUUCUGAUAGUUCCAUAGUGUUAUGUUAGUUCCAAUCAAUAGUGUUCUGUAGUCCCAUAUUCAUAUAGUGUUCCUUGUAGUUCCAUAUCUAAAUAGUGUUCUGUAGUUCCAUAUCUCCUUAGUGUUCGUAGUUCCAAUAUCAUAUAGAGUUCCUGUGUGCUAUUCAUCGUGUUCUGCAGUUCCAUAUCUAUAGUGUUCUGUAAGUUCCAUAGUGUGUUACAUUUACAUUUUAGUCAUUAGCAGCCAAGAACGCUCUUAUACAGAGCGACUUACAGGAGCAAUUAGGGUUAAGGGCCUUUCUUAAGGGCACAUCGACAGAUUUUUCACUAGUCGGAUCGGGGAUUAGAACCAGAGAACUUUCGGUGGUUUACUGGACAAUGCUCUACCCACUAAAAUUCCGCACUCUGUAGUCCAAUUAGUUCAUAGUGUUAGUAGUUCCAUAUCUCAUAGUGUUCCUGCAGUUCAUCUCUCAUAGUUUCUGUAGUUCCAUAGUUUUAUGUAGUUCCAUAUCUCAUAGUGUUCCGUAGUUCCAUAUUCUAUAUAGUGUGCUGUAGUUUCAUAUCAUCUAUAGGUGUUCUGUAGUUUCAUACUUUAGUGUUCUGUUAGUUUAGAUCUCAUUUAGUGUUUGUAGUUUCAUAUCUUCAAUAGUGUUCUGUAGUCCCAAUCUAAUAUAGGGCUCUGUAGUCCAUAUCUCAUCUAGGGUUCUGUAGUUCCAUAUCUCAUAGUGUUACGGUAGUUCCAAUAUAAUAUAGUGUUCUGUAGUUCCAUCUCAUAUAGUGUUCUGGAGUUCCUAUCUCAUAUAGUUUAUUGUAGUCCAUAUCUUAGUGGUUAUUGCAGUUCAUAUCUCAUGUGUUCUGUUAGUUCCAUGUGUUCUGUAGUUCAAUAUCUCAUAGUGUUCUUAGUUCCAUAUCUCAAUAUAGUGUUCUCAUGUAGUUUCUAUCUCUUAGUGUUCUGUAAGUUUCAUAUCCAUGUAUGGUUCUGGUAGUUUUAUAUCUCAUAUAGGUUCUGUAGUCCCAUAUCCGCAGAUAGGAUCUGUCGUUCCAUAUUCAUAUAGUGUUAUGUAGUUACAUAUCUAAUUAGUGUUUAUGUAGUUCAUAUCUCAUAUGUGUCUGUCGUUCCAAUCUCAUAUAGCUGAGUUCCUGUAGCCGCUCCAUAUCUCCCAAUGAGUGUUCUUGUAGUUCCAUACUCAUAUAGUGUUCUGGAGUUCCAUAGUGUUGUAGUUCCAUAUCUUCAUAUAGUGUUCUGUAGUUCCUAUCUAAUUAGUGUUUCUGUAGUUCCAUAUCUCAUAUAGUGUUCUGUAGUUCCAUAUCUCAUAGUGUUCUGUAGUUCCAUAUCAAUCAAUCAAUCAAUUUUAUUUCAUAUAGCCCUUCUUACAUCAGCUAAUAUCUCGAAGUGCUGUACAGAAACCCAGCCUAAAACCCCAAACAGCUAGUAAUGCAGGUGUAGAAGCACGGUGGCUAGGAAAAACUCCCUAGAAAGGCGAAAACCUAGGAAGAAACCUAGAGAGAUAUCUCAUAUAGUGUUCUGUAGUUCCAUAUCUCAUAUAGUGUUCUGUAGUUCCAUAUCUCAUAUAGUGUUCUGUAGUUCCAUAGUGUUCUGUAGUUCCAUAUCUCAUAUAGUGUUCUGUAGUUCCAUAUCUCAUCUAGUGUUCUGUAGUUCCAUAUCUCAUAUAGUGUUCUGUAGUUCCAUAGUGUUCUGUAGUUCCAUAUCUCAUAGUGUUCUGCGGUAGCGUAUCUUGAUGUGAUUACUGGUACUGCAGCUUUGACUUGCUCUUUGAUGAACACAACACGCAAGUGUCAGCUUGUUUCACCAGGAAGUAGUUUAGUUAUCUUGCUUCAGUGCUCUAAUACUCCUUACUGUAUAUAUUUGUCACCACCCACGUAGAUGUUCCAUGACAUUAACUAGCCUAUGUCCCAGAACACUUUUGUAAACUGUUUAGGUUUUUUCCAUUGUUGUAUGUUUUCUGUACAAAAGGAGGAAAUGUCUUCUCUAACUGAAACAGUGAGCACACUUCCUUUGACCUACACAAGUCUCCAGUCUAUCCCUUACCCUGUCUCUGUUUGUCCAGUCUGUCUCUGUGUGUUCAGUCUCUGACCCACUCCCUCUCUCCCUCCAGGUAGUGUGUGGUGUCCAGAACCGAUCCAGCCCUGUGGGCCAUACGAGACCAGACCUGGAGAGCAGGCCCGGGCCGCCACCAGAGACCACCACCAUGCCUUAACAGCCUGCGCCUGCUCCUCAACACCCUGUCCCCCCAGCCCCUCUCACCGUCCCCCUCCCUCCCUGUGGAUGCCCCCCUGCCUGGUGGUGGUGGCGGAGGAGCCUCCUCUGGUGGGGAGAUGAGAGGGGAGCGGGGGGGUUCUGGGUCUGAGAGGGACCUCCACUCAGCAGCCUCAUCCAUCAGCCUGCCCUCCAUCAGGAAAACCCCCAAGAAGAGACGCCUCUCCCUGCGCUCGCUGUUCAGCCGGCGCCACCGUGGGGACCGAGACCCCAAGAGGAAAUCCCAGGACUUACAGUGUGGCGGUGUGGACGGGAUCGCCAGCGUGGAGAGCAUCCAUUCAGAGAUAUGUCAUGGAGACAAGACCUCGACGCUCUCCGCCCCCGUUGUGGCCUCUUCCUCCUCUGAGCUCCUGGAGUGUCCUCUCUGUCUCCUCCGCCACGCCAGAGACCGUUUCCCAGACAUCAUGACCUGCCACCACCGCUCCUGUGCGGACUGCCUGCGCCAGUACUUGCGGAUAGAGAUCAGUGAGUCGCGCGUCAACAUCAGCUGUCCAGAGUGCUCUGAGCGGUUCAACCCCCACGACAUCCACAUCAUCCUGGGAGACCAGCCCCUCAUGGAGAAGUAUGAGGAGUUCAUGUUGAGGCGGUGGCUGGUGGCUGACCCUGACUGCCGCUGGUGCCCCGCCCCCGACUGCGGGUAAGAGACACACCCCUCAGGGGAAUAGGCAGUUUAUACAAUUUAAAAAACAUUACAAUACAUUCACAGAUUUCACAACACACUGUGUUCCCUCCGGCCCCUACUCCACUACCACAUAUCUACAGUACAAAAUCCAUGUGUGCGUGUGUGUAGAGGACGUGUCUUAUCAUGUGUUUGUGUGUCUGUGCCUGUGUGUGUCUCUUCACAGUCCCCGCUGUUCCAUAAGGUGUAUUUUUAUCUUUUUUUAAAAAUUUGAUUCUACUGCUUGCAUCAGUUACCUGAUGUGGAAUAGAGUUCCAUGUAGUCAUGGCUCUAUGUAGUACUGUGCGCCUCCCAUAGUGUGUUCUGGACUUGGGGACUGUGAAGAAGACUCUGGUGGAAAUGUCUUGUGGGGUUGCAUGGGCUGACCGAGACUUGCGCAGUAGUUCAAACAGACAGCUCGGUGCAUUUCACCAUGUCAAUACCUUAUAAAUACAAGUAGUGAUGAAGUCAUCUCUCCUUCACUUUGCCAUUAGGGGUUGACAACUAAAUCUUGUUAUAAAUAAUGUGGAAAUUGAGCAAGUUGAGGUGACUAAACUGCUUGGCGUACCUAGAUUAAUGUUUACUCUCGGUGUACAUCCAAGGGCCAGCCGUGCUGCCCUGUCUGAACAUUGCAAUUUCUAACCCUCUUUGGGCCCCUGACCACACGACUGAACAGUGGCCACUCUUGUGGCACUGACCACACGAUCUGAACAGUAGUCCUUUGGUGGGCACUACCAUUCACUUCUGAGACAGACCUGACCUCUCCCGCCUCGUUGUGCUCUUGUGCACCUGA